GAAUGGGUCCCUGCUACUAAAGUGGCUGCUCCGGAUAAGUUGGGUAUAAGACAUGUUGGCCGCCGAACAGUUCGCCCGCCUCCUCCUGUUGAUCUCAGGAACUCUACUUUUGAGGUUGGAGCGCCAAUUGAUGUAUGGUGGUGUGACGGCUGGUGGGAAGGUGUUGUUUCUGCAGCUGGAAAUGACCGUCUGCAAGUUUACUUACCUGGUGAAGGCAGGUCGCUGAGUGUUGGUCGGAAGCAUGUCAGAAUCUCCAGGGACUGGGUGGAGAACAGAUGGGUUGACGUGAAGCCAAAGACAGAUAUAGUUGAUUAUCUAUCUUUGAAUAUGGGCUGCAAUGGUAGACUCGACUUCUGACUCUGGUGGAGAUGCUCGAUAUUUGGAGCAGAAGGUUGUUCCAGUAUCCAGUGAACAAGAGAGAGAAAGAUUCCCAAGUUCUUCACCCCUGUCGGAUGAGAUGCAGAAUCUGGAGGUGAUUAGUGUGAGUAAGGAUGCAGUGGAUCACAAAGACAACUUCGUUAGCAAAGCUGCUUAAGUCCCUUGACAGUGUAGAAAUUUUGAUCAUAGGUGAACGUUUGGUGUGCCCCUGUUGGUGUAUAUAACAGUAGAGCAUGUUGCACUGUAGUAAAGCAUUCUGAGAUCAACAUAUAUAUAACGUUUAGCGUUAACCCGUCACUAAGUAAUUGGAAGUUUUAGACUAUAGCAGUUGGAGCUGUUUCCCAAUUAUCCUCAAACUAGCCUUAUGUUUUGUGAUAUACCAAAAUAACAUUUUG